AUGAUUCUUAGUAAUGAAUAACAAUUAAACCAAAAAAACUUAGAAACACUCAAUGAAAAGAAAAAACUAGCAUCAAUAUUGAUUGAAGACACCUCAUUUGAUAUUCUGAUAAAUAAAAAAAGGGCUGAAUUGAGUGAAAAGGAAUACUCUAAAUGGGUUGAUUAAAUGAAAAAAUUAGAUCAACAAAAAUCUGUUCUGAUUAAAGAUAUUGGAUAGUAUCAAAAUUUCCUUAAUAAAGUUGAUAUCAAAUAAAUUUAAACCUAUGAAUAAUUGGGAUGUUUUGGUUCUUUGAGAUAACAAGAGCAUUUAUAUCAAAUAUAAGCUCAAAUAAAAAAGAAGAUCUAAAUGGAAUAGCAAGAAAUUGAUAAGAAAAGAGUAAUUGAAAUAGCAAAUAAGGAGAAUAGAAAUAAUAAUAAAAUUGAGAAAAAUUUAUAAAUCAUUGAAGAAAUAUAGGAGGAAAAAGAUUAUAUUAUAAAUGAAGAAAUAUAGAAAAAUUAAUAAGUUGGCGAGGUUCAAGAAGUUUAAAUGGAGACCAAUCUUGGUAAAUUAAAAUAUCAAUCUAAAAAGGCGAGCUAAGGUAGAUUAUUGAAUAGGGUUUUAAGUUCUUCAAUGUCAUUUAAAUUGAAAUAAUAAUGA